CCAUCCCCUCCAUAUUCAAUGAGCUAUCUUACUGCAGCACGCUGCUCUGUAAAGAGAGUUUCCGGAACUUUCAGAGUUUCGUCGCGAUACGCAAGUGCGAGACGGUACACUAGUACGAUGCAUGACAAUGAUCCGGAGACGUUGGAGCGAGAGAAACGAAGAAACUUGUCCAGAAUCCAGCAUGAAACUUCAACCCCAAUCGAUGACGCACCAGGGUGGAACGAAGAUCUGGCAUCUGCAUCUGAAGCACACGUAAAGGCUGACCGCUCUUCCGUCACGAUUAACGAUCUUCAGCGCAAGACGAUUGAUUAUAUUAAUGCGAAGCACCAACCGGACGAGCAAAUGGAUCACAGAGAGGCAUCUUACCUGAAAGACGAAGUAACUGGUCCCCUCGGUGCUGCCAGAGUGGGUGAGUUUGAGGGCGUUGUUGGUGCUGGUGAUCUUGGAACAGAUCAGGAAGGCGCCGACAUGGAGCCCGACGGGCGCACUAUUAAGCGGCACGUCGUCUAUGAGGAGAUAACAGAAGUCACGAGGGAGCCCUGUCCAACGGAGAGCGAGGCUGAUGUAAAGGCAGACCGCGGGGAAUAUUCUUGAAUCAUGCCUGUUGUUGCGCGAUUAAUGUCGCUCUUAUUCUAUUGAUACUCAACUUCUCAGUCAUAUUCCAUGUACUCAAUCACUCCGA